AAGGUUGAUAACGCCUUUGUCUACAUCGAUUCAGCACCAGCGUGGCACGGGACGGCACGGCACGGCAAGCAAGCCACCAGGGGCAGUUUUUACCAAGAUGGACCAAACCUCCAAUGGCGGGACUCAAGAAGGUCCCAAAAUCAUCCGCCCAAUCCCUCGACGACCCUUCAGCCUAGCAUCACCACCAACCAUCUCUCGUAAGGAUGAGUCUCCCUCCCCAGCUCCUGGAAGAGACUCCAACACUUCGCCCCAACCACGCAUCACAGCCGCCGACCUCCGCUUCCUCCUGGACCCUCGAUCUCCCUUCAACAGCAGCGCUUCUCCCGCUGGCAGCGGCGCCGUCACCAGCGGUCUUGAUUCCUCCAACCUCAGCAGAGCUACCUCCUUCCGGAACCUAACCUCUUCGACUCUCUUCGGCAUCUUCUCCGACCCCGGUGAGCUCGGGAUGGCCGCCACCACACCCAGCGUAAGUCGGUCAGCAUCGAACCUACGCCAUGGACUUUACUUUGGCAAGCAGCUCCAGGAGGAAACUGAGGACGAAGACAACGUACUAGGCAUUGCCGGGGACGCCAGGGACGAUGAAAAUGACGAGGACGAGGACGAGAACUACCAGGAGACCAUCACCCUCCGCCCCAAGCGCCAACGACGAGUUUCUUCCAUAACAUCCACCAUCCCCCCCUUCAGAGGUGAACCCUCGUCAUCAGACAUCAACAGCAGCAACGACAACCCAGUAAUGGGCCUGCUCUGGUCAUUACUCCGGACCACUCUCCUCUUCGCUCUCGGCGCGGGCUACGGCGUGCUCGUGACUCGCUUGCCCAACGGAGAUAGCGUCACGGGCGGCUACGGCUGGCGGUACCUCACCUUCUGGGGAGCGGCCGGCGUAGUGUUGGGCAGGCUACUUCCCUGGUUUGAUCAAGUAUGGGAGGAAACGUUUGGAAAGAGGACUAGGAUGACCAAGAAAGAGAAGGAAAGGCGACGAGCUGCUGCUGCUGCAGAGGCCGCCGCCGCUCUCUUGCAACAAGCUCCUCCACCGUCGUCAAGGACUUUUCCAAGGAAGACACCAGUCACCACCACCCUCCCUGUUGAGACGGAUUCCAACAGCGGAGGCGUCACCAGCCCGCCCGAAGCGGACUGGCCCCUCGUCGUCCGCAGUAUCGGCGCCUUUGUUGGCAUUGUCUUCGCCAUCCGCCGUCUACCUUGGGCCUCGACCAUGCAAGUAUCCAUCACCCUGGCGCUUGCGAAUCCGUUCCUGUGGUACCUGAUCGACCGCUCCAAACCCGGGUUCCUUCUCAGUGCCGCCGUGGGCGUUACGGGAUCCGCCAUCCUGAUGGGGUUGGGUAACCCCGAUAUGAUGCCUGCACCCGUGGCUGGAGCUGGGUAUCACGACCAUCAUUUUCUGACGACGAGCGGGCAACCUGCGAUGGACGUGCUUAAUGGGACUACAUCCGGGUUGCCUCGGAGCGCAGCAGCGAGGAUGAGUGGUAUGGGAGGGGCGAGCAGCGAAAACGCGGCCGUCAUUGAGACGGGUAUUUGGAUGCUCAGUGUGCUGUUUUGCAGUUGCGUGUGCUUUGGAAACAUUGGGAGGAGGUUGGCGCUGAAUAAGUCGGCUGCUUCCAGGGGGAGAUGGGGUGGUGUUAGGUGAUUUCGUCAUUGAUGUAUCACAUCACAUCAAGGGCACAAUGGAAUGACUUUCAUGGAAGUCAUUUCAAUCUAUCUUUUACUCAUGCAGCGGGAAUGAUUCAACACACAUCCAUCAAGAAUGGUCGGCUAUCAACUCUGUACUUCUAUUCAGCAGUCCCAUCGGGGACAAUUGCAUUGCACCAUUAUACCAUUGGACUCCAACAAGACUAUUGAGUAUAUGGAGUUGUUUCUUACAUCUUGUUUAUCUUAGCCUGGCCUAGAUCCAUAGAUCCAUGUUAUGUCUCUAUCAUAUUGAC